AUGUCUUUGAAUUCUGGCUUACCCACCGGUCGGUAUGAGCGUGUAGAACCUUCAUCUAGGCGCAUUUUCAUGGCUCACCAUCGUUGCCACCGCUUGCUUCAACUUCCCCAGGAUCUUCUCAAGGCCACUAUGAAAGUGUUAUCUAAUGAGUAUGGUCUUUUUCAAGAUUAUGAUCAUCAUCCUGAAACGCUUCAACAACAAGUACAAUACAAUUUAACUAGUGUUGUUAUUAGACAAUAUGACCCACGUAAUCCAUUGUCUCAAAACACCCGAGCUUCGAGUCCAAGCUCUACAAAUAUGCAUAGAUGCCCCGAGUGUCCGUAUGAAACGGAUAAGAAAUCUAAUUUCGAUAGACAUACGAAAACCCACUCGGGCGACAGAAGGUUGUUUUGCUGCCCUAAAUGCCCAAAAAAAUACACUAAAAAUUACAAUCUUAAAAGACAUAUCAACCAACGCAACUGUUAA